GUCCUGGGUUUUUGCCGGUCUUGCUUGUCGGUGGCGUUGAAGCUUGGAGAGGAGAGAGAGUUGAUGACUGAGUUGACGACUGGACUGCAGGAGCGAGCGAACCGAAUCGUGGACCGGGAAUAUGAGCUGACCUCCCCACUGUCUUCGUCUUCUCCACCCGCACCCAUUCGUCACCGAUACCUCGUUAGAUCAAUGAAAAUCAAUCAUAAAGAUGGCUUAUCGGAGGAGGCAGCAGCAAUCAGAGAAGCCAUUUGCCGAGCUUGAUUCCCACGGAGCUUCCUCGUCAUCGUCGUCAUCGUCUUCGCUGGCCGCCAAAGCCAUCAGAGCAUCCUCCGCCCAUGCCCAAUCUUCUCUCUCCUCUGCUUACACUUACACUCCCCCUUCCUACAAGGAUGUUGAUGCUCCGCCUAUCGACUCCGCGAAACCUCCCGACGAGCCAAAACAGGGAUUUUGGGGAGCUCUUGCGAGGAAAGCUAAAUCCAUUCUUGACGAUUCUGAAGAUCCCCCUUCCCCGCAUCAACCAGUAGCGGACCAGCUCCCCACUCCAUCUCCUCCGCCCAAGAGCUGGCCAAAACAAGAAAGCCCUCCUGCAUUUCAGAAAGGAAUCGGUGCCAUUGCUACCUCUCUUAAUUAUAUUGGUAACGCGGUGGAGGAAGGUAUUAAUAUCGUGGAAAAUCGUGCAGCCAACAUUAUUCAAGAAACACGCAAGCAUGUAAGGAAAAAACCUAGCAGGUUUGAGGAACGGAACAAGGGACUGAACCAGCAUAAUCCAUCGCAACAGCCCCAAGCCGAAUCACAGAUGCAAUCAGAACAAGAAAUUCAAUUGAAGGCUUCUCGCGACGUUGCAAUGGCCAUGGCUGCCAAAGCGAAGCUUCUUCUUCGGGAGCUGAAAACUGUCAAAGCAGAUUUUGCUUUUGCAAAGGAGCGAUGUGCUCAGCUAGAAGAAGAAAAUAAAAUGCUCCGGGAAACUCGUGGAAGAGGUGGAAGCCCAGAAGAUGAUGAUUUGGUGCGACUUCAACUCGAGACACUUUUAGCAGAGAAAGCUCGGUUGGCACAUGACAACUCGGUAUAUGCGCGUGAGAAUCGUUUCUUGAGGGAAAUUGUGGAGUACCACCAGCUCACCAUGCAGGAUGUGAUAUACUUGGAUGAGAAUGCAGAAGAAGUCAAUGAAGUUUACCCUUUGAAAGUGCCCCUGGUCUCUAAUUUUCCUGCCGGUGCUGCUUCUGUGCCUCUUAACUCACUGUCCUCGGCCUCUCCUAAGCAUGCUGCUCAUAGCGCGAGCCAGGAAGCGACAUGGACUUCUCAUCCCUCACUAUUGCCAGAACCUGUGGAACCUGUUGGACGUGCCAUACCAUCUGGCUCUUAAAUCUGCUUUCAUGGUGAUGAAGGAUGGAAUUAGAUCACAGAACUACUUUUGAAAGGGCAAAUUGUAUGGAACGAUGGAUAAUUUUAACAAAGAGCAAAUUGUACUGUCAGGAGAUUGCGACGUUAUUCAACUUUUUUAUAAGC